AUUUGUUCUGUGAAUCCGAUACGCUUUCGGUGGCAGUGGUUAACAAUACGUCAGUUAGCUCGUACUAUGCUACCGGUACCGAGUCUGUUGUGGAUACACCAGUUAAAAUCGCUACCAAAGGCACGAUUGCGCUCGCCGUUGCGUCCAAAUGUCAAUAAUUUGGCAUCCGAACUAAAAUCUUUGAGAUUGAAUUCACCAAAUCUACCUCCUUGUCGAUCGACACCGAGUAGGAGUGCUAGGAAGGCUGUGAAAGUCCCCAGUAUUUCUCGCGAAAUGUCUGCCGAAAUAGAAGAGGCCAAAAAUGACUUCGAGUAUUUCUCGCAUUUAUUUUAUGGGUUUGAUUUUUUCCCAUAA